AUGGAAAGUUUUUUAAAUAAAUGUUUACAUAUUGAUACAUUAAGUUGUAGUGUAGACGAUGAGGAAACAAUUUUUCAAAUGUGUAAUUCGUUGGUGUGUUUAAAAAAAGGGAGUAAAAAUGAAGGAAAUUGUGUAAAAUGGGAUGAACCGGGUGUAAUGGAAAAAAGCUUUUUGUGUGAUUUUGAUAAAUAUGUAAAAAAUAGUUGUAUGAAAAUAAUAGAAGAUGAUUGUGAAACAAAUAAAAAAAAUGAAUAUAUAAAUUUAAAUGAAUAUUGUGAAAAUUCUUUUAAUAAAUUAUUUAAUAUAGAAUAUGUAGACCUACCUUUAAUAUUUUAUAAAACAAUAUAUGCUAAUUUUUUUAGUUCUUUUAAUAUAUUGGAAAAUAAACAAACGGAAAAAUUGAUAGAAGAGUAUAUAUAUAUGAUGAACAUAUUUUAUAAAAUAACAAAAAAACAAAAAUAUAUUUUAUUGCACAAAGCUAAUAGUGCCCCUAAUGAAAAAAAAUAUAUUAAUGGUAAUUAUAAAAAUGGUGAUGCAUUAUUAUAUAGUGAUCAUAUUAUAGCAAUAGCUGAUGGCGUUUCGUCUAUAAAAAAUAGCGGAAUUAAUGUUAGCAAUUUUUCUAAUGAUCUUUUAAAAAAAUGUCUAAAUUUAUAUUUUUAUCAAAACAUAUAUAAUGGAUUAUUUGAAGAGCAAAACAAAGAGAUAUUCAAAAAGUAUAAUAUGACAUAUAAUGCUGAUCAAAUAUUAAAACCUAUUAUAUGUCGAAGUGCUUGUUCUUCUAAUUUUUUUGGAGCAUCGACACUUUUAUUUUCAUCUUUAAACAAAGAUAAGUUACAUAUUUGUAGUAUUGGAGAUUGCCAAAUGUUAAUUGUUAGGCUAAAAAAAGAUUUUAUAAAUAAUACAAUUUUUGAAAAAAUAAAAAUAAGACAUACGGAAUCGGGGCAUUUGGAAAAUAGUGGAGAGUAUGAGAUAGGUAGUGAUAAAAGUGGCGAAAAUGGAAAUAGAAAUGAAAAUGAAAAUGAAAAUGAAAAUAGAAAUGGAAAUAUAAAUGAAAAUGAAAAUGGAAAUGGAAAUGGAAAUGGAAAUGAAAAUGACACAACGGAAAACAAACUAAUGAGCAAUGAAAGUUUUGAAAAAUGUGAAAUACCUGCAGUUGAUGAAAAUGUUACCCCUUCUAAUAAUGUAUACGAAGAUAUUUCUCAAAAAAAUAAUUUUCCAAUAAUCAAACAAUUAUCUCAAAUAUCUUCAAAAUAUGAAUGUGAAAAUAUAUAUACAAAUUCUUUGGAAAAUAUAAAAUCAAGUUUAAUGAAUAUAUAUUCGAACAACAAAAAAAUGAUAGAAAACGAUCUUUUUAAUGGGGUGGAUGAUAAAAAAAAAUUUGAAAAAAAAAAACAAAACGAAGAUAUUAUUUUAUAUAUUGAAGAAGAAUUUGAUGAAUGUAUGUUCCAAUAUUUUGAUGAAAUUUUAUCUGAUAAUAAUUAUAAAAUAGGAAAUUUAUCAUUUACAAUAAAAGACAAAGAAUUAGAUGUUUAUUCAAAUAUAAGAUCAAACACAUUAAUUUCUCAAUACAUUUCAACUAAAACAGAAAGUGAAAUAUCUUAUGAUAAUGAUGAUAAAACUGUUUUAGAUAAAAAUACAUUAGAUGAUACUGGGUAUAAAAAUUUAAUGAAAUUUUUUACUUUGGAUAGAACUCACAUUUUAAACAAUAACCAGGAAUAUGAAGAAGUAGAUAUUUUGCAAUAUGAAAAUAUGAUGAAAAACCAACUAAUCAAUAAAACAGAAAAUAAUUUAGAAAGAAAUGAAAUAGAGAACAAUGAUAAUAAUGUGUUUUCUAAAGAUAUUUUAAAAAAAUCAAAAAAUAAGAAAAAUUGUAAUUUUAAUAAUUACCGAUUUAGAUAUAAUAAAGAAAAUAUUUAUGAAUUUGAUAUAAUUUAUAAAUCUAAAAUUCAACAACAUUAUUUUAAUUGCCCAUAUCAGAUUACUUUUAUGCCAUCAAAUAUAAAAAAGGGUUUAAAUAUUAAUACAAAUAAUAUGGCAUUAAAAGUAGAUUUAAAAAUGAAUAAAUAUAGUGAUAUUAUUGAAAAAUGUUUAAGAUAUUCUGAUUAUUCUAUUGUUGAUAUAAAAACUAACGAUAUAAUUAUAAGUGGAAGUGAUGGUUUAUUUGACAAUUUAUAUGAUGAUGAUAUAAUAAAAGUUCUAUAUAAUAAUUUUUAUAUAAUAAAUUUUAAUAAAUUUAUAAAAUUAAAGCAUUUCAUAAACUUUUAUGAAGAAUAUAAAAAAACAAUCAAUAAUAUUAAUAAAUUAAUAUUAAAUAAUAUAAAAAAUAGUAGCAAGACAAAUAUAAAUUUAUCACAACCAAUAUACAAUUCUUUUUAUAAAUAUGAUGAACAUAAUUGUAAUAGCAAAACAAAAUUUGAUGGAAAAUAUAAUUCUAACCUAAGUAAUACUCAAAUAUCAGAUGAUGAUAAACAUUUUGAUAUAAUACAAUGUAAACACACGAAAGGAGACGAAUAUUAUACUAUAGACAAUACUUUUAAUGAUAAAGAAUAUGAAAAUUCUUUAAAAGAUUGUAUAAAUAAAAGAGAAUCUAAUAAUACUAUUAAUAAAAAUAAUAAUAUGAAGAAUAUAAUAAAAUAUAGUAAGGAUAAAUUUACAUUUCCUUCCAAAAUUAAGAAUAUGUUUUUUAAUAAAGGAAAAAAUGAUAAUAUACAACAAACUCACGAUAGUGAUUAUAAAAAAAAAAUGAAUGAUAAUAGCUCAACUAUUUUAAAAAAUCAAAAAACAAAAGAAAUAAAUACUGAAAAUUAUUUAACGUCAUUAAAUAAAGAAAAUGAAGAAAAUGAAGAAAAUGAUAAUAAACAGUUAAUUGAGCAAAAUACUUUAAUUGACCCACCAAAUGAAUAUGUUAACAAAAAUCAAUUUGAUAUAAAUUAUGAUCAAAAUAGCUAUAAUAUAAAUGAUUUUAUACAUUUAAACAAAACAAAUAAAAAAAAAAUUUUUAUUGCAGAGAAAAAAAUACCUGACGAUGCAUGUUUAUACGAUUCUUCUGAUUUAAUUUUAUUUGACAAAAAAAAUAAUAUAUACUUAAAUAUUAAAAAGGCUUGUGAUGAAAUUAUGGAAUUGUCAAAUAUUUUAGCUAACCAACAACUAAAUAACAGGUUGCUAAAAAAAAGAAUAAAAAUAGACAAAGAAAAGAAAAAAAAUAUGAACAGUCAAAAAAAAAAAAAAUGUUCUGAGAAAAUAAUCUCGUGUGAGCAAACUGAAAAAACUACAAAAGAAAGUAAUGAAAGUACUAAUAUAUUUCCAAAUUUUUCUGAAGAACAUAUGGAAAUAUUUGAUAAAAUCAAUUAUGACGAUAUUCAAUCGAAUAGAUCCAAAGACAAAAUUAUAUUAACACCUAUAUCGGAAUAUAUAUAUGACAAAUACAAAAAAUAUUUUAACAUGGGGAAGCCCGAUGAUACUACUGUCAUAAUUUCUAUUAUAAAAAAAAACAAAUAUAUUUGA